AUGCUGAGAGAGUCGGCAGUGCCGAUUACCGAGACGGGCGACCACUCGGCAACCCCUUCCAGAACCGACUUGGCCACCAUGGCACUGCCCCUGCGGCCGGCGUCGCCCCCAUCGAGCCAUGAUGGCGACGACAGCGACAGCAUCACGCCUGCCGGGGAGGCGGGCUGCUGCGCCACAACGAUCGCCGCCGGGCACGAUGCGGCUCGAGCCGGAGCGGCGGAGGCUGUGUCGUGCCCAGGGGCUUCGCCCGGCGGGGAGAAACAAGGGGCCAGCGCCGACGCGGAGACGGGCCGGGUCCGGCUGGUGCGGGCCGGCAACACGCCGUUCAGCCUCCCCCGGGGCUCGCGGCUCGAGAACAACCUGUCGUGGGUCGUGGGCUGCCUCGAGCUCGCCAACGCGGGCGACUUUGCGGCCAACGUGUGGAACCAGCUGCCCGUGCCCCUCUUCGCCGCCGUCCUCAUGGGCGUCGGCGGCACGCUGGCGGCCUUCAUGAGCGUCUUUGCCUUUCGGGACGCCCGGCGCGCGUGGAACAACAUCCGCUUCCUGCGGCGGCAGCGCCGCCAGCUCCGGCUUCAGCGGCAGCAGCAGGACCAAGCCCCGGGCGGCGACGGCGGCAAGUGCUCCGUCGAGCCGGCGGGCCGGGCGCUGGACGUGCUGCUGGCCGUCAGCUUCCGCGAGCUCGGCGGCGAGGUCAUCAACCGCUGGGUCAUGGACGUGCUCAUGGGCUUCGGCGCCGUCCUCAUCUCGGCCGGCACCUACAUGGCCAUUGGCGGCGGCACGAGCGACCAAGUCUUUGCUGCCAGCAACCUGUUGUCGGGCUGGCUCGGCAACACGCCCAUUGCCGCCUUUGGGCUCGUCAACUCGGCCUGGGCCAUCUACAUCUGGUGCAAGGCCCAGGCCCACGUCUGCGCAACCCGCCGCCUGCUGCCCGGCUCCCGCGCCGCCAGCCUCGUCAAGCGCCGCAGCCGCAACGUCCAGGUCUUCUGCGUCAUCAACGGCAGCGCCACCAUCCUCGGCGGCGCCGGCUCUAUGUUGACGUCCAUCUACUGGUGGGGGUAUGUCAUCCUCAUCCCUGUCGUCAUCUCGUCCAUCUUCUGCAACCUGUGGUGGCGCUGGCGGGUCGGCUACACGCGCUCCCAGGCCUGGCCGAACGAGUUGAGGGCCCUUGAGCCAAGCGAGCUGGCCACGAGCCUCGAGUUUGCCGCCCGAGCCGAGAUUCUCCUCCGAGAACAACAAGAGCAAGAGCAGAAGAAGAAGAGGAAGAAGAAUAAGAAGCAUCGGGAGCAGCAGCAGCAGCAGCAGCAGAUAACGCUCCUCCAUCGCUUCGUCCCCGAUCCAUCGUCACUGCCCGACGUACUCGCCUUUUUCCACCAGCACGCCCUCUUCGAAGACCUUUGUCUCAACCUGGCAUCGGACCCCAGGCUUCGCGACGCUCUCUGCGGCGCCAACCCAGGGUCCGAGCUGGAGGUUGGGCCUGUCGAAAUCUUGGCCCUGCCGGCUCCACUUCACCCCGACGUCCUCAACAGGGCACAGGAAUGCAUUGGGCGCGUGGGGCAGCGGCAUUUUCGGAACCGCGAGCGGCACUUGGCCGAGCUUCUGGGCACGUACUGCACCAUCAUAGGGACGGUGGAUUUAGACAUGGAGGACUCGAGCGAGAAACAAAGGUAA